GACGUGCAAACCCCAAACCCCAGUAGUUCUCCUCCUCCCAACCCGAACCCAGAUCCAAACCUAACCCCGGCGGCGGCUGCAGCGAUGGCGGCGGCGACGGAAGUAGAGGCGGUGGACUUCGACUCCGACGACGAUGACCUCAUGGACGAGGAUGGCGCCAUCGAGCCCUCGCCGGCUCCCGCUCCCCGCCUCCGAUCCACCAUCGCAGGGGGCGGCGGCGCCGACGACGACGCGCCCCGUAAGACCAAGGGGCGCGGCUUCCGUGAGGACCCCAACUCCUCCUCCGCGCCCCGAGACUCGCGCUUAGCGGGCGUCGGCCGCUCUGGCUUCGACGCCCUCGCCUCCGAUGGCGGCCCUGGCCCAGUCCGCUCAAUUGAAGGGUGGAUUGUACUGGUUACUGGAGUACACGAAGAAGCUCAGGAGGAGGACCUUCACAAUAUUUUCGGUGGUUUUGGGCAGGUCAAGAACCUGCAUUUGAACUUGGAUCGCCGGACUGGAUUUGUGAAGGGAUAUGCUCUGAUUGAGUAUGAGAACUUUGAGGAGGCCCAGCUUGCAAUAAAAGAAUCAGAUGGAACUGAUCUUCUUUCACAAAUAAUAAGUGUUGACUGGGCAUUUAGUAAUGGCCCUGUCAAACGCAGAAAUACUCGGAAGAGGUCACCCAGGCCUAAUCGCUCAAGGAGCCCACCGAGGAGAAGACACUGAGUGUUCCCUCACCAUGAGUUGCGGUGCUUAGAAGUGACAAAGUGCGAGAAUUGUGGGGAUCCAGUUGUUCUAUGUCUCCUCUUAUCGUGGUUUGGUGAUUGCCUUUGUCUUUUCGUUGCAGUUUCUGGUUCAUGACUAUACUAGUUGUAUGGCAUCUUUUAACUCUCCUUUCGGGAUGGAGCUAUUUUUACUGUUAAAGCUUGGCUUGCCAUUUUCAGACGAUUGUAACUGCUGUGCUGGAUCUAUAUGUAUUGCAUUGGAAUGUUUCGUUUUGCAAUAACAAUUGAAUGAACUUGUCUUGCACA